AUGGCUUCGCCAUACGCUGAACAAGAACCACCAACAUGGGGACCUCCGGGCCGUCAAGUAGCCGCCAUGGCAGUACCAAUGAACUACGGCAUGAUGAAAUCUCCAGCCGAACAAUUAUACCCCCCUGGCUGGAUUACGGUUCCCAUUCUGCAGCUCAUUUUUGCCCUCAUCAGUGCUGGCGCUCCAGCAUACUUCCUGGCAACAGGGAUAGCCGUUCGAGUUGUCCUUAUAACUUGCGCCUCGGUAUUCUCAAUUGGCAUCUCUAUCUGGCUCAUUUGCGCUCACUCUUGCGCACCACAGUCCCUCAAGCCCAUGGUAGCCCUUCCCCUCGACUUUUUAGUCCUGGUACUCUGGAUCGCGACUGUUGGGUGGAUGGCAGCCUCAGCGGUCAACCUGCCCAUACAUGGCCUGUUCGGUUCCAUUUAUGAAGCAUCUGCAGGCAUUGCUGGGAUAGAUCUUAUACUUUUUGCUGUGGGCAUAAUAGGCGAUAGUAUUGCUAUUCAUCGCCUACGAAGACUUGACCAAGGGGUGCAAUUCCAGCAAUACCCGACUCAGCAGCCGAACAUGCAGCCAUAUAUGCAAACACAAGCUCGUCACCCCGGAUUUAGCUACUAUCAAGAUGGCACUCAAACGACGACCAGAAAACCUGAAUUUGAAGUCCGAAGCCCUGCGAAUCCGCAAUCGAUGCAAAGUCCGACAGAAAACGCCGAACGGGAGUUUGGACAUGAACUUGAACCUCAGGUAAUCCAGGCCAGAGAAAUGGAUGGAAAAGCGACACUAGGGCUCAGCGAAUGGAUUUCUAAACCCGAGCUUAAUCCUCAUUCCGUCCAAACGAGAGAAUUAGCUGAGCAAGACCGGACAGCUGAGUUGUCUGAAACGAUUUCACCAGCGUCACCGUUCUCGUAUCAUGGCGGCGUUAGUCAGUCGCCGGUCGAGCUUCCUACCAGGCCACAGUCUUGA